AUGGUUAGAAAACUAAAACAUCAUGAACAGAAACUAUUGAAAAAAGUAGACUUCCUUGAUUGGAAGCAGGAUCAAGGCCAUCGUGAUACUCAGGUUAUGAGAACAUAUCAUAUUCAAAAUCGUGAGGAUUAUCAUAAAUACAACAGGAUAUGUGGUGAUAUUCGUCGCCUCGCUAAUAAACUAUCAUUGUUACCUCCCACUGAUCUAUUUCGUCGGAAACAUGAGCAAUUACUCUUAGAUAAGCUAUAUGCUAUAGGUGUCCUGACUACAAAAUCCAAGAUAUCCGAUCUAGAGAAUAAAGUUACGGUCAGUGCCGUUUGUAGGAGACGCUUACCUGUAAUAAUGCACAGAUUGAAAAUGGCGGAAACUAUACAGGAUGCAGUCAAGUUUAUUGAACAGGGUCACGUUCGCGUGGGUCCAAAUUUGAUCAACGAUCCCGCUUACCUCGUGACGAGGAAUAUGGAAGACUACGUCACUUGGGUUGACAACUCUAAGAUCAAGAAAACUUUGUUGAGAUACAGAAACCAAAUCGAUGAUUUUGAUUUUUCCUAG